CAGUCAGCCACCUCCCACUCAGGUUCCGAGCCUGCGGACCGAGCUCGAUGUGAUAGGAGACGUGGCCUGGGUGCACUUAUCUGGAGGGGGGUGGGGGACGUGGAAGCGGGUUGCGUGCGAUGACACGCCCCCUUCUCUAUCCCGGAGACUGGUGUACACCUUUCCCUGUUCUCUUGCUACCUGGCCUGGAGCAGGGUGGGAUGAUUUGGUGUGAAAUUAGCUUAAAGUCAGAAAAGGGGUGGCUUGUUAACUGGCUUCCUCAACCUUCAUCCCUUCCAGUGCUGGUCCUGUCCUUUUUUCCUGAGAACCUUCUCGUGUUGUGACUAUAAUCAGAGGGACCCGACUUUGAAUCCCCUAUUCCUUGUAAAAACAAGGGCAAGACCCUCCACCUCUCUGGACUUCAGUCUUGACUAUAAUAUGAGACCACAAAGGUCCAUUCUAAUUCUUAAAUUAACCUGUGAUCCAGAUUUUUCUUUCAAAUCUCUACAACCCGUAGCCCUUCUUCAUCUUUACCCAGGGCCAGGAGGGGUUGGCAUACUUUAAUUUUCAGACCCCUCCUCAACCACCAUCAUUCAGUUAACUUUCCUCUUUUAAAGUUUACUCCAGUUCGUCCAUGUCAGUCUUCAUUCUGACUUUAUUAUUGUGAAGUAAUUGUCAACAGCUAGAAACAGAAGGAAAUGGCUUUUUAAAAAAAGAUGUUACCAACCACAUCAAUGAAUUCCCGAAUACAGGGAAAUGGCGCCCUGAAUUCCAGAGAUGCAGCAAGGCACACAGCUGGAGCAAAACGCUACAAGUAUCUUCGGAGGCUCUUCCGAUUCAGGCAGAUGGACUUUGAGUUUGCUGCCUGGCAGAUGCUCUAUCUUUUCACUUCCCCACAGAGAGUUUACAGAAACUUUCAUUACCGAAAACAAACGAAAGAUCAAUGGGCAAGAGAUGAUCCUGCCUUCUUGGUAUUGCUGAGUAUUUGGCUCUGUGUUUCCACUAUAGGAUUUGGAUUUGUCCUGGACAUGGGAUUUUUUGAAACGAUAAAACUUCUUCUUUGGGUUGUGUUUAUAGAUUGUGUAGGUGUUGGCCUUUUAAUAUCAACUUUGAUGUGGUUUAUCUCUAACAAGUACUUGGUGAAGCGACAGAGCAGGGACUAUGAUGUAGAAUGGGGAUAUGCUUUUGAUGUUCAUUUGAAUGCUUUUUAUCCACUGCUUGUCAUUUUGCAUUUUAUCCAGCUUUUUUUCAUUAACUAUGUUAUCAUGACAGAUACAUUUAUUGGCUAUUUUGUUGGAAAUACAUUAUGGUUGAUUGCCGUUGGUUAUUAUAUCUAUGUAACAUUCCUAGGAUACAGUGCACUGCCAUUUUUGAAAAACACAGUAAUUCUUUUGUAUCCAUUCGCACCUCUCAUUCUGCUCUACGGAUUGUCGUUGGCACUGGGAUGGAAUUUCACUCACACACUCUGCUCUUUCUAUAAGUAUAGAGUGAAAUAAAAAAUGUGACUGUUAAUUGUCAACUGUAUUGUUAAAGUGGCUGAGAUUUCUUGUAAAAAGUGUAAAUAAAUUUUAAUUGUAGAUAUCUUUAAAAAUGUAAAGUUUUUGUGAAUUUUUGAAAAUAUUUACAACUUCAUGUUGACUUCACUCAGUACAUCCUUUAAAACCAUGAAGUGUACAUUUGUGUAAUAAAUAUUUUUAAACCAAGUA